AUGUUACAAGACAUCAAAUCUAAACAGCAAUUAGCUUCUGCUCUACAAUCGCAAUACCAAACUUCCGAAACAACGUCAAGAAAGACCGACACUGGCGUUAACCCGGGCACUUCAUCAAGAACCAAGAUUCAAUCCAAGGCAAUGGAUAUGGCAUCCAACAUUGGUUUAGGUUCAGGCUCACGCACUUCUAAUCAAGAUCACGUUAUUGUUGUUGACUUUUUCGAUGAUUGUGAUAACUGUUCACAGAUCAAUUCCAAGUUGGAGGAGUAUUCCAAUUGGUAUCGUGAUAAUUCCAAACCAGUCGAUUUCUACAAGGUUAAUGUUCAAGAUAGAGAACUGAAGUCGUUUGCUAGUGAGUAUUCGAUUGAUUCAAUUCCAACUGCGUUAUUUUUCAAGAAGGGUAAGUUGGUUGAUAAAGUUGUUGGAGCUCAGCCUGCUGAAAUUAAAAAGGUUUUGGACAAUGAUUUGUUGUAA